UGCAAAGCUUGAGGGGUUCUGUUGUUGUAGUAGGAUGGUGGGCUGUUGAGGGAGGACGGGCGGCGGAGAAGACUGCCUGGGGCCGGUCAUGGCGCUGAGGCCUGGCCCAGGGGAAAAUGAAUAAGGGUUGGCUGGAGCUGGAGAGCGACCCUGGGCUCUUCACUCUUCUAGUAGAGGAUUUUGGUGUUAAAGGGGUGCAAGUUGAAGAGAUCUAUGAUCUACAGAGCAAAUGCCAAGGGCCAGUUUAUGGGUUCAUCUUCCUCUUCAAAUGGAUCGAGGAGCGCAGGUCCCGACGGAAGGUCUCUACACUGGUAGAUGAGACAUCUGUAAUUGAUGAUGACAUUGUGAAUAACAUGUUCUUUGCUCACCAGCUGAUUCCCAAUUCUUGUGCCACACAUGCCUUGUUGAGUGUCCUCCUGAACUGCAGCAAUGUGGAUCUGGGGCCAACCCUGAGCCGAAUGAAGGAGUUCACUAAAGGGUUUAGUCCAGAGAGCAAAGGUUAUGCAAUUGGAAAUGCACCAGAAUUGGCCAAAGCCCAUAACAGUCAUGCUAGGCCAGAGCCGCGACAUUUGCCAGAAAAGCAGAAUGGGAUCAGUGCUGUACGGACUAUGGAGGCGUUUCACUUUGUCAGCUAUGUUCCCAUCAAGGGACGGCUCUUUGAACUGGAUGGCCUGAAGGUUUAUCCCAUUGACCAUGGGCCCUGGGCAGAAGAUGAGGAAUGGACAGACAAAGCCAGGAGGGUUAUCAUGGAGAGGAUUGGACUCGCUACAGCAGGGGAACCAUAUCAUGACAUCCGUUUCAACUUGAUGGCAGUGGUGCCUGACAGGAGGGUGAAAUAUGAAUCCAAGCUGCAGAUCUUGAAGAUGAACAGGCAGACUGUAUUAGAGGCUUUGCAGCAGCUAAUCCGAGUGACUCAACCAGAGCUCGUUCAUACCCAGAAGUCCCAGGAGUCCCAGGCUUCUGAGGAGUCCAAGCCAGGUAACAACAAGACCCAAACUGCGCUGGAACUAGGGAGAGUGCAACUGGCCCCUGAGAGCUCACAGGCAGAGAGUGCUGAGGAUACUACGGGCCAAGAUCAGCCUGCCUCAACCCAGAACCUGCCAAGCAAAUCCAAGCUGAGCAAUAAACCAUCUGUGAGCAGUAUAAAUGGGGCCCUGGCAAACCCCAGUCCCAUUGUACAGAGGCUGCCAGCUUUCCUGGAUAAUCACAACUAUGCCAAGUCACCCAUGCAGGAAGAGGAGGACCUUGCAGCAGGAGUGGGCCGUAGCCGGGUUCCUGUACGGCAGCACCAGCAAUAUUCUGAUGACGAGGAUGAGGAUGAUGAUGACGAUGAAGAGGAGGUUUGCAGUGCCAAUCCUGCCAUGAGAUUCAAGAGGAAGGGACAGAUGAAGCCAGACAACCUGGCUGGGAGGACAGAUGGCCAGCUCUCCAUGCUGCAGCCCAACACCAUUAAUGUGCUGACCGAGAAGCUCAAGGAGACACAAAAAGACCUCUCCAUUCCUCUGUCUAUCAAGACCAGCAGUGGAGGCACUGCAGUUGCUGCUGUUGCCCAUUCCCAGCCAUCCCCUACACCAAGCAACGAGAGCACGGACACUGCCUCUGAGAUUGGGAGUGCCUUCAAUUCCCCACUCCGUUCCCCCAUCCGGUCAGCCAAUCCCACUCGCCCCUCCAGCCCUGUCACCUCCCACAUUUCAAAGGUGCUAUUUGGGGAGGAGGACAGCUUGCUGCGUGUGGACUGCAUACGCUACAACCGGGCUGUGAGGGAGUUGGGUCCUAUGAUCAGCACAGGCUUGCUACACCUCACGGAAGAUGGGGUGUUCUGCCCACUUACAACCACAGAUGGUGGGAAAAACUCCCCUCCUUUGAGCAAAUCAAGUGAAGAAGUUCAGGCCAUUGUCAAAGUAGAAGAGAGAGACUCAAGUGAACCAAAUGAGAGCAAGGAGAAAGCGGGACACAGCCGUUCAAGUGAUCCUCCAUGUGGGGAAAAGUAUUCUCCGAAAGAGCUGCUGGCACUGCUGAAAUGUGUGGAAGCUGAAAUUGCGAACUAUGAAGCCUUUUUAAAAGAGGAGGUAGAGAAAAGAAAGAAAUUCAAGAUUGAUGACCAGAGAAGAACUCACAAUUAUGAUGAAUUCAUUUGCACCUUUAUCUCCAUGCUGGCACAGGAAGGAAUGCUGGCUAGCCUUGUAGAGCAAAACAUCUCCGUCCGUAGACGGCAAGGAGUCAGCAUUGGGCGCCUCCACAAGCAACGGAAGCCAGAUCGGCGGAAACGUUCCCGGCCGUAUAAAGCCAAACGUCAAUAGCAUCAGUCUUUGGACAGUACUCUUGUGUGCACUGCUUGCUGCUGUUGAUCAUGUGGUGCAAAUUCCAGGCAUUUCUGUGCCAGUGCUGAACAGUGAGGCUCUGCACUGGACUGCUCUGCCCAAGCCAUCAGUGUUAGUGUAAUGUUGCACAUGAAUCCCAUUGCAUUCAGCUGGGCUUUAGAUGCCUCUCUCCCCUCUCCCCCAUGGUGGCUGCCAUGUGGGAAUCCCACCUUUAUAUAUAUAUAUCUUAUAUUUUCCCACAAGAGAAGAUGCCUGGAAAUGUAAGGACUGGCCCCCAUUUGAAGGACCUGCUGACAUAGCCCUUGAACUUGUUGCUCAGGGCCCUCAACCCACUUGCAGUAUAUUUUGCCACAGAUAGUGGCAAUCUUCAGAGACUCUGUACCAGUUAAAGGGGUAAGUCAGUCUUUGCUGCUUUCCGGAAGGGCAUCGGGGCUGGUGUUAAUUUAAUGCAGCGGUAGGUUUAGUCUCAGAGAGCUGGAAUAAACAAAGUAGUGUUCUCUGCCAGUGCUUUUACUCUGCACUCCAUGGGAAACUGACACCUAUUUUUUGCAUUAAAUAGAUUGUUUCUGUUCUGACCAAUAUGCUCCUGUCAUUAUAAUGGAAUACAAGUGGUUGCUGAUCUUUUUUUGUUGUUGUUGCUCUUCCUCCCAUUUCAGGAAUCUACUGCUUGCUAUGCAUUUGAGUCAUUCUGUUCUUUCUCUUGUUCUUUGCAAGUAGGCUUUCCAUUCAGUAUCAGUUCUCUUGUUUGUUUUUUUCUCCAGGUGGCUUCACCUGUUUGAGGUGAGUGUGUACAAUGUGAUGCGUAUGUAUGAAGCCUGUGUCUUAGCAGGUGGGAGCCUAGCAGCCUUAAGAGUUGCUGCUCUCUGGUCUUCUGUACCUGUGGAAUCUUCAGUAACGCAGCUGAGGCUCAGGUCUUCAGGCUGGUAAACUUGAGCCUUCUGCGUUUCUUCAUAUAGUGCUGCCCAAAAUCAUAUUGUUAACCCAGCCUCCUCCCCCAAGAUGCGACAGCUUAGACAUGGCUGGAUCAGUGAUACAUGAGAUGCUUUAAAUCUGCUAGAAGUAUUGUGGCGGGGAGAGAAUAGGCAAAAAGUCCCAUUGUCAUCACACAACAAAAAUAAUCAGCCUGGAGGAGUGUUAAAUGGGUAAGAACCAUGGUUUUGUUGUGUGUGCAUGUGUAUAUAUUUCGGUUAUGCUGUGGAAAAAGCCAUGGGAGAACAGCUUCUUGACAGCUGCCAGUAAAAGAGAAUUGGCCCCUGCCUCUUGGUAUUCAAUGCUGACAACUCAGAUAAUUGGUUUUCUGUCCCACUGCAGUAGUAGAUGUGACUUUGGCAGGUGUGGGUACUGUGGUCACCACUCAAGGGUGAGAAGGCCUGCCCCAGCCUUAGCUUGCUGAAAGGUGGCAGCUGGGUUAAGAGUGCAGGACCCAGCUUGGGAUGACAUCAGCAGCUGUGUACCUUCCCGAUGCUGACUCCAUGGCUGAACUACCUGCUACCUCACUGGUUACUGUCUCCCAUUGCAGCAAAGGAUUUAAAGGUAAAACCAGUUCAUGUAGUUGGUACCCAUACUGUCAUUACAGCACUUAGGAGUUCCUUGUUGCUCCUCAGCUGCUUUAUGCAGAUUAGUUUUCUUUUCUUUCCAGGCAAAAGGUACCUUGUGUCGAAAAUGAAUUUAUGCAUUGUGUGGCCUUGACAGCAACAUUUGUAAACGUGGAUUAAGACAAAAGAGAAAUAGUGGGCUAUAAUAAGUUAGUUUUCUACCUUAUCCAAACUGCUAUUCCAAAGACCCCUUUGUCCUCCCCCCGCUUGUAACUCGAAUGUGAAUAGCUGAAUCUCCUCUUGCACCCCAGUGCAAGCAGUGGCAUUCAAAGGACCACAAGAUGCAGAGGCCAGUUUGUGAGAAGAGGAUAAUGCAGCUGCAAACAUAACUUCUUUUGCUUUCCCUUGUGUACUGGUGCUGACAAUAGGAUUUCCUUUUAAUAUGUGGAC